AUGGCUUCGUCAUUCCUCCGAUCUAGCAACUCGCGUCUUUUGACCGGCGUUGUCGCCGCACUUGGCGGCGCCUCGGCGCUCUACACACUCACACCACAGGCUCAAGCCAAAUCGGAAUCAUCGCAAGUCGAUGCCGCCACCAUCAAGAAGAUCGAGGCCGCUUAUGAGAAGCUCAACGGGCCCGAGGGGGCCAAGUGCAAAUCGCUUCUCAAGAAGCACCUCACCAAGGAUGUCGUCGACAAGCUGAAGACGAAAAAGACCAAACUCGGCGCCACAUUGUACGAUUGCAUUCGUUCCGGCGUCUACAAUCUCGACGCCGGCGUCGGCGUCUACGCUCCCGAUGCCGAAGCGUACACGUUGUUCGCGCCGCUGUUCGACAAGAUCAUCCAGGAUUAUCACGGAUUUGGUCCUAAGCAGAAGCAGCCGCCAGUCGAUUUGGGCGAGGGAAAAAUCCACGAAUUCCCACCACUCGAUCCGAAGGGAAAAUACAUCAAAUCGACGCGUAUCCGUUGCGGACGCUCUCUUAAGGGAUAUCCAUUCAACCCAUGCCUCACUCAAGACAACUACCUCGAGAUGGAGAAGAAGGUCAAGAAGGCGUUUGACUCUUUCACUGAUAAGGAAUUGAAGGGUAAAUAUUAUCCAUUGGACGGAAUGAGCAAGGAAACUCAAAAGCAAUUGAUCGCUGAUCACUUCUUGUUCAAGGAGGGAGAUCGUCAUUUGCAAUACGCGAACGCUUGCAACUUCUGGCCGAAAGGACGCGGAAUCUACCACAACAAUGACAAGACGUUCUUGAUUUGGGUGAACGAGGAGGAUCACAUGCGCAUCAUCUCGAUGCAAGAGGGCUCCGACGUUGGCGCGGUGCUCAAUCGCCUCAUCAAGGGAGUGCGUGGAAUCGAGAAGGUUGUGCCGUUCUCGCGCGAUGACCGCCUUGGAUGGCUCACAUUCUGCCCGACCAACUUGGGUUCGACGGUUCGCGCCUCGGUGCACAUCAAGCUCCCGAAAUUGUCGGCCCGCAAGGACUUCAAUGAGAUUUGCGAGAAGCUCAACUUGCAAGUGCGCGGAAUCCAUGGAGAGCACUCGGAAUCGGUCGGCGGAAUCUAUGACAUCUCGAACAAGGCUCGCCUUGGAUUCUCCGAAUACCAAGCUGUCAAGCAAAUGUACGAUGGCGUCAAGAAGCUCAUCGAAAUGGAGGAGAAGGAGAAGUAA